CCCGCUCGGCGCCGUCUCUGGCUUGGCGCCGCCGCGCCGUGUCCGCCCUCCGACGCAGCUCUCGCCCCGUGCGCCAGGUGUGCGCGCUCCGCCGUCUGGUGCGCCAUGCUAUCAGCCGGCUGAAGGGGCGUGCAGCGGCCUGCCGGAGGAGUACUGCCUGCGCCCGGCGCGUGACACUGGCCGGCCGCCGCAAGCAUGCGUACCGCCUCCGACCAAGAGCGGCGCGAAGCUCAGUUCCACGAUGUCGUCAUCAUCGGCAACGGUCCGUCGGCCAUCACGCUCUCGUACCUGCUGGCGGGCAACUGGCCGUACUACUCGGGCGGCGGCGGCGGCGGCCUCAUCCCGGCCUUUCUGCACCAGAAACUGGAGACGGCACCGGCUACCUCUCUGCUACAGCACGACCUGGAGCACCUGUCCGAGGGUCUGGAGGGUCGGUCCAACAACCCGAUCUCCGUGCUGUUCGACACGCUUAACCACCCGGGCGCCGACCUCGGCUCGGGCGAACAAUCGACCGUAACCUGGGUCAAGCGGGAGGAGAAGGCGGUGGACCACGUGGUGCUGGGCCGGGGCCCUCCUGGCGGCGUCUGGCAGAAAAUGGCCGGCGACCUACUGACGGUGAGCCUGGGCAGCUGGAUGGAGCUGCCUGGGCUCGGCUUCCAGCAGUGGUGCGUGGACAACCAGCGCUCACGGGCUCGUGUGGCCGACGUGGCCCGCUACUACGCCGACUACGUUCAGACCAUGCGGCUGACGUCACACUUCCGCGACUCUUACCUGGUGACGUCACUGCGGCGGUACGGCUCGAACCCCGAGGACGACCGGCUCACGCUGGUGCCCGGCUCUGGUCAGCCGAUCAGCCAGCGGCCGGCGCCCGACGCCCAGCCCCUCUGGCUGGUCGAGGGCUACCGCGCUGGCGCCGACGACCUGCUGGAGCGCUUCUGCUUCGCCAGUCGGCGCGUGGCGCUGGCGUGCGGCACGUCCGACGUGCCGUCGCGCCUCGGCUGCCUCGGCGAGGCGCUGCCGUUCGUCUGCCACACGCUCUCCAGCAUGGAGGCGCUGCUGGCGUCGGGCCGCGUCGCCGGCCCGCUGCUGGUGGUCGGCGCCGGCCUCAGCGCCGCCGACGUCAUCCUGGCGGCGCGCGCCCGCCGCCUGCCCGUGAUCCACGCCUUCCGACGGCGUGCCACCGACCGGGCGCUCAUCUUCUACAGCCUGCCGCGCGCGCUCUACCCAGAGUACCACGAGGUGCAUCAGAUGAUGCGCGACGGCGGCCGCAGCUGCUCCCGCUACCGGGCGCUGCCGCAGGCGCGCGUCACGCGCAUUGGCGAGAGCGGCGCCGUCACUUUGGCCACGCCCGAGGGCGCCGUCACCGUCAACGUCAGUCACGUGGCUGUCAUGAUCGGGGCGCGGCCCUGCCUGGAGUUCGUGGCCGAGCCCGAGGCGCUCGGCUCCCGGUCUGGCGAGCCGAUUGAUGGCCGCCACAACCCGGUGCAGGUGGACGCGUUCACGCACGAGGCGGUGCACGCGCCUGGCCUGUACGCGAUGGGGCCGCUGGUGGGCGACAACUUCGUGCGCUUCGUCCAGGGCGGCGCGCUGGCGAUCGCGGCGCACGUGUGCGGCCAGCGCGCAGCCGAGCUCGCGCCGGCAGAGGGCGCAGCCGCGCGCGGAGCCUCUGAGCUGAGCCCCUGAGCGGCCCACCAGGUCGCGCAUCGGGUCUUUCACCUCUUUUUGGUAGAACGUAGUUCUUCGGUCCUGCGAACCACUUUUGCACUUUCAUACUGCACGUUCAUCGUAGCACCGUGUUGUUGGCGAGCCGCCCGUCGCCGUUCGGGCGCGAUCGGUGCCCUUGGCGGGCUGUGGGUGCCAUCCGCGGGGGAGGGGGUGCCGCGCCCUCGGCCGGCCCGGACCGGGACGAGCACUGGCACUCGUCAGGUGGGCUGUGGCUGGGGAGUCGCUGGGAACGCACCGUCGAGGAGGACCACGGUGAUGGCGGAACAUGGCUGGAGCAGGCGUCUCCAGACAUCAGUCGCGGUGCCCUGCCUCUGAGUGGGGCCGGCCGUCGUGCCGACAGGCAGCGCAGUCCCGCCUUGCAGCCGGGAGGGGGCGGGGGUCCGGGUCCGAGCUGGUCGUGCCUAGCUCUGUCCCAUGACCUCGGAAGGGGUUCUCAUGACCAGGUGGGUGGUCCCGGCUGGCCGGAGGUGUCGUGGAUGGAGUCGAAAGUUAUCGAGUUGCUCAGGCUGAUAAAUGCGUUCAGAGCUCACGAGUGCACGGUCGUACAUUGCUCUGGCCUUUUUGGAAGCAUUUUUCCACGCGUCGUUAUGGCUACAUGUAGUUUUGGCAGUAUUCUCUCGGCGGAAUGUUUAUUUUUCCAGUUAGAGACCAAUGACCGCUCCAUGCGUGAUUUCUCUCCAAUCACAUUAUAGGGGCCAAUAUCCGGUGGCUUUCUCCAUAGUCGCAGACCGUUUAUGAGCUGGAGCGAGAGUGCCGUUUCGCUUGGGUUUUCGUCUGGGCGCAGUCUUUCUGUGUGGAGGUGGGAUAAUUAUAGUUUGCAUCAAACCGCAGAUAAUCAUUCGCCCACCGUCUUUGUGUUGGGCUUGUAGACUGAGGAUCAGCCAUAACUGGAGACUGCCGCCUGUUAGUGUCAGUAUUAUUGACAGACUAGCCGUCGUCGGCUCUUGCUAGCUGGACUCUGGUGUGGACAGUGUCUGUUAGCCCAUUCGGCGACUGUGUUUCGGUUACUACUGCCAAGUGUUGUUUGUCCGCCUCGUUCACAUCACGUCUCGUGCCGGCGGCGCCGUUCCAAUCCCCUACGGUCAGGACCAACCUCUGCUACCGACCGCGGUCAGGGCAGAUGGUGUGCAGUGGGCGAGGCGCGGGAGCCCUGCAGCGCGUCAGGCGUGUGCUGAUGUGAGGACCAGCUCUUUUGGCCUGCUGCGCCGGGCUGUCCUGCAGGGCGUAGUUGAUCUGACUGAGACGCCGAGCCGGGGUGGUCAGGGAAGAGGCGGCCAGCGGGCGCGUUUCUGUCACUCGCACCCCUCAGUUGUCGGCAGGAGCGGGCGUCAUUCCCAGCGACAAUGCUGAAACUACGUUUCUGUCCGGUGGUAGAAGACCUGCGGUGCGGUUGGUUUGUAGUGCCUAUUUUGCCACAUUCAUCGUCGUAGUCGACCGGGUGACGGUAGACUUUGACAACAUGCCUAGUUUUCGCCGAGUUUUUUCGAAUGUCAAUACAAGUAGCACGAGCCGUGACUGAUGUGGACAUGGUUUACUUCUGUACUGGAUGAUAAUGUCCGUAAGGGCCGUAUGCCGAUUAUUUCUGACCAGGACGUUGUUUUAUGUGUUUUUAUUUAGCAAUCAUUUACGUGGCCUAUGGAAGCAGCUGCCCAUGAAUCCUCUGCAACUUCUGUUCUCAUGAAGAAACAACGGCAUUCGUUCCAGCGCACACGAACAAGCUAAAAUCGAUGUUUUUCGUUGUCUACACGGUGAGCUCGUAAUUUUGUGAUUCAUUUUGAACUAAGAUGGUGGCCGUGGCUAUAACGUCAACGUUCUCGGAGAUUGCGACAGCGCUCACCUUGUCUUAGACGGAAGAUAGGGUGAAAAAAAAUGGUAGCAUGUUUAUAUGUUUGUGUAUUAUUUACUGGGUAGCCUGCCUGUUGCAUGCUUGGAUCGUUUUCGGCCUGAUGAUACGAAAGUGAGUUUGUGCUACCAGCAUGUUCAAUGUUUCGGGGAAAUUAAAAACAAAUGGAACGAAGUACUUGGAUGUGUUUAAUCCGGUCACCGCCCAAAAGGAUUGAACCUGAAGGCUGUUACAUUGAACACAGUGAUAUUUCCUUAAUACAAUUCGGUCGUUACCUCUCGAA